AUGGGAAGCGAAGAGCAGAGAAAGAAAAACCCUAAGAAGCAAAAGUUACCAAUCAACCCCAACUGGGCUCAGCUCCAACAAAAGCUGCAAAUUCAUGGUUCUAGGCCUCCAAAACUCUCAAAUACAGAGACCCAAAAUUUUAUUUUAGGGAAACGUAAAGAGAGACCUGAUGCAGAGUCUGACGAUUAUCAGAUAAAUCCUCUCACUCCAACCAAUGACGAUUUGAGCAUUACAGAUGCAAUAGCCAUGGAUUGUGAAAUGGUUGGUGUUGGUCAAGGAAACAGAAGUGCUCUUGGACGAGUCACACUGGUCAAUCAGUGGGGAAAUGUUUUGUAUGAUGAGUUUGUUCGUCCAGUAGAACGUGUUGCUGACUUCCGCACGCAAAUUAGUGGCAUUCGACCCCGAGACUUAAGGAAAGCAAAGGAUUUUUCGACUGCUCAGAAGAAAGUGGCACACUUGAUCAAAGGAAGGAUUCUUGUAGGCCAUGCCUUGUCCAACGAUCUUAAGGCAUUGCUGUUGAGUCAUCCCAAGAAGGACAUGCGGGAUACUUCAGAAUAUCAGCCAUUCCUCAAGGGACGACGCAGAAAGGCACUCCGGCAUCUUGCAGCAGAGUUUCUUGGUGCCAAGAUCCAGACUGGAGAACACUGCCCUAUAGAGGAUGCCCGUGCUGCAAUGCUGCUAUACCAGAGAAACAAAAAAGAAUGGGAGAAGAAUUUGAAUUUAGAAAUGGGGAAAAGAAAGUCAAGAGCAAAGCCACCACCCAAGAAGCGGAUGGACAAGCUUGAUACCGUUUUUAGUUGCCCCUUCUGCAACCACGGUACAAGUGUCGAAUGUCGAAUUGAUAUGAAGAACUUGAUUGGUGAGGCUGUGUGUGGGAUUUGCCAGGAGAGCUUCAGCACAACCAUCACAGCUUUGACUGAGCCAAUAGACGUAUAUAGUGAAUGGAUUGAUGAAUGCGAAAGGGUCAACAACCUGGAAGAUGGUGGUGCUUAG